GAGGGGUCGGGGCCCUUCCAAAGUGGGCGGCAUGGCAGACUCCGACGACCCCCCCCGGCUCCUCGUCGGGGAGGCCGGCGAGGCCCAAGGCGAAGAGGGCUCCCCUCAGAAUGACGCUUUCCCCCUCUCGUCUCUGGCCAACCUGUUUGAGAACGAGGAUAGCCCCUGCCCCACUGAGGCGGCCCAGCUCCCCCCCGGAUCGGGGGACAGCAAGCAGCAAAACCUGCGUAUGAAAUUCCACGGGGCCUUCAAAAAGGGCGUGCCCAACCCCAGGGACCUGCUGGAGUCCACCAUCUACGAGUCCUCUGUCGUCCCAGGGCCCAAGAAAGCCCCCAUGGACUCGCUUUUCGAUUACGGCACCUACCGCCAGCACCCCAGCGAGAACAAGCGCCGGCGGAAGAAGAUCAGGGAGAAGCAGACCCACAGCCCGAAGGCCCCGGCCCCCAACCCACCUCCAGUCCUCAAGGUGUUUAACCGGCCCAUCCUCUUCGACAUCGUGUCCCGGGGUUCGACUGCUGGCCUGGACGGGCUCCUCCCCUUCCUGCUGACCCACAAGAAGCGCCUGACCGACGAGGAGUUUCGAGAGCCCUCGACGGGGAAGACCUGCCUGCCCAAAGCGCUGCUCAAUCUGAGUGGGGGCAAGAACGACACCAUCCCCCUGCUCCUGGCCGUCGCGGACAAGACGGGCAACAUGCGGGAGUUCAUCAACUCGCCCUUCCGAGACGUCUACUACCGAGGUCAGACGGCGUUGCACAUCGCCAUCGAGCGUCGCUGCAAGCACUACGUGGAGCUGCUGGUGGAGAAGGGGGCGGACGUGCACGCCCAGGCUCGCGGCCGCUUCUUCCAGCCCAAGGACGAGGGCGGGUACUUCUACUUCGGCGAGCUGCCCCUCUCCCUCGCUGCCUGCACCAACCAGCCGCACAUCGUCCACUACCUCACGGAGAACGCGCACAAGAAAGCAGACUUGCGGCGCCAGGACUCACGGGGCAACACGGUGCUGCACGCCUUGGUGGCCAUCGCCGACAACACCCGGGAGAACACCAAGUUUGUCACCAAGGUGUACGACCUGCUGCUGAUCAAGUGCGCCAAGCUCUUCCCCAACACCAACCUGGAGGCCCUGCUCAACAACGACGGCCUCUCGCCCCUCAUGAUGGCGGCCAAGAUCGGCAAGAUCGGGAUGUUCCAGCACAUCAUCCGCAGGGAGAUCACGGAUGAGGACGCCCGCCACCUCUCCCGAAAAUUCAAGGACUGGGCUUAUGGGCCCGUCUACUCUUCGCUCUACGACCUCUCCUCACUGGACACCUGUGGGGAGGAGGUGUCUGUCCUGGAGAUCCUGGUGUACAACAGUAAGAUCGAGAACCGCCACGAGAUGCUCGCCGUGGAGCCCAUCAACGAGCUGCUGCGCGACAAGUGGCGGAAGUUCGGGGCCGUCUCCUUCUACAUCAGCGUGAUCUCCUACCUCAGCGCCAUGGUCGUCUUCACCCUCGUCGCCUACCACCGCCCCAUGGAGGGCACGCCGCCGUAUCCCUACACGACGACCAUUGACUACCUGCGCCUGGCCGGGGAGAUCAUAACCCUCUUCACCGGAGUCUUGUUCUUUUUCACCAACCUAAAGGAUCUGUUUAUGAAGAAGUGUCCAGGGGUGAAUUCGUUCUUUAUAGAUGGCUCCUUCCAGCUGCUCUACUUCAUCUACUCGGUGCUGGUGAUUAUCACAGCAGCGCUGUACCUGACGGGGAUCGAAGCUUACCUGGCUGUCAUGGUCUUUGCCCUGGUCCUGGGCUGGAUGAACGCACUUUACUUCACCAGAGGCCUGAAACUUACAGGGACCUACAGCAUCAUGAUUCAGAAGAUCCUCUUCAAAGACCUUUUCCGGUUCCUCCUGGUCUACGUGCUCUUCAUGAUCGGCUAUGCUUCAGCUCUGGUCUCGCUCCUGAACCCUUGUGCCAGUGCCGAGGCCUGCAACAAAGACAAGUCCAACUGCACGGUGGCUGCCUACCCAUCCUGCCGGGACAGCAAGACCUUCAGCAACUUCCUGCUGGAUCUCUUCAAGCUGACCAUUGGCAUGGGCGACCUGGAGAUGAUCGAGAGCGCCAAGUACCCCGGCGUCUUCAUCAUCCUGCUAGUCACUUACAUCAUCCUCACCUUCGUGCUGCUCCUUAACAUGCUGAUCGCUCUGAUGGGGGAGACAGUGGGGCAGGUCUCCAAGGAGAGCAAGCACAUAUGGAAGCUACAGUGGGCCACCACCAUCCUGGACAUCGAGAGGUCCUUCCCGGUGUUCCUGAGGAAAGCCUUCCGCUCGGGGGAGAUGGUCACUGUGGGGAAGGGCACCGAUGGCACGCCGGACCGGAGAUGGUGUUUCAGGGUCGAUGAGGUGAACUGGUCUCACUGGAACCAGAAUCUGGGCAUCAUCAAUGAGGAUCCAGGCAAGAACGACACCGAUCAGUAUUAUGGGUUCUCCCACACAGUGGGCCGGCUGCGCAGAGCAGAUCGCUGGUCGAGCGUGGUGCCCCGGGUGGUGGAGCUGAAUAAGAGCUCGCAGCCGGAGGAGGUGGUGGUCCCGCUGGAGAACAGGGGGAUGUCCGAUGGGCACGAGUGGAAGCAAGGGCAUCCCUCAGGCUGGCGGAAAGAGGACUCCUACAUCUAACAGUGGGCUCAGGCAUGAAGGGAGAAGCCAGCGCCGGCUCUGUCCUCUGCUGCCCACCAUGCACAGACCCCGGCGUGGGGCAGCGGGGCUGACGUGCACAACGCAGGCAGGAACCAACCAGCAACGGAGCUUCUGAAACAGCCUCCCUCCUGCCAGCGGCAUGCAGCGCAUCGCCGGAGCCCCCGGCUCUCUCCUGGAGCCCUGCGCGCAGCCCUUGGGUCUGAAAGGGCUCGUCCAGCAGGGCCCUGGCUGCCUCAGACACAGCAGUGGUGAAAUAAUCAUUUUGCUAUUGUUAUUUCCAAGCGCCAAGCCUCUGGCUCCAAACCCUUUGAGCCUGACCGUCGUGACGUGCAGAGCAGGGCUGUAGAGAGAAGAGGGAUUUGCAGGGAAUGUUCAUGAGAUGCUCACGGGGCAGCAUCUAACUCUGCCACCCCCAAGCCCUACGGUGUGCCCAUGCCCGGCUCUCAUCCUGCACAUGCUGGUGUGUGUGUGCGGGGGCCCUGGUGGAGAGACCGGCCGGUGCUGAGAUGUCACUUCCCGGGCACCGUGCCUGGGCUGCCCUUGGCAUGCACUCCCCUUGCUGGGCAGCAGCCAGUCGGCGUGCAGAGCGUCUCAGUGGGAACGCCGUGCAUACCCAUGCCCUUGGCACCAGGAUUCCAGCUGCAUGGGGAACUGCCCAGUGCCCCUGGGGAACGAGCUCAUGUGCCUAGUGAGUGUCACCAGUGAGCGUGUUGUGCACAAGGAACCCCAGUCCCAGCCUCAGCCAUGCGCGGACCUCCAGGGGCACCGACAUUUGCACGAGCUCCCCCAACAAUCGGCUGGGGAAGGGGACACCAUUGUCCAGCCGACGGACAGGAAAUCUGUCUGAGCUGCCUCCUCCCAGGAGCCGGCGUUCAAGCCUGACCUUUGCUUUCUGCAAAUGUCAGUGCUGGCAAACCCGACCCCAGGGGUGCCCCGGCAAAGCCAAAGCACACGCCCUGCCCAGUGGCACACCCUGGUCCCAGGGCCUAGUGCAGAUCCCCCAGCCCUUUCCUAGCCAGCCCUCUUGAGAGUGGCUAGAGAACAGAGAUGGGUAAGAACCACAGCCAGGGAUCCAGCCUGCCCUGCACAAGCUGCGGGAGAGCCUAGAAAUCAACCUGCUCAAUGCAGGGAUGUUCCCUACAGCGUGUUCUCCAGGCCGUAGAUCAGCCUGUUUCCAAUACCCUGGGCAACGGGGCUCCCUCUCUCUCCCUGCAGAGGUUGCUUUCACCUUAACGUGGCUCUCUGAAGAGCAGACCUGGACCGAGGGUCAUUCACCUCCUGAAUGAGGGAGGGAUAGCUCAGUGGUUUGAGCAUUGGCCUGCUAAACCCAGGGUUGUGAGUUCAGUCCUUGAGGGGGCCAUUUAGAGAUCUGGGGCAAAAAAAUUGGGGAUUGGUCCUGCUUUGAGCAGGGGGUUGGACUAGAUGACCUCCUGAGGUCCCUUCCAACCUGGAGAUUUUAUGAUUCUCUGUCUCAGGCAGCUCCCUCCUUCACCCUGCUCUGUGCCACAGGUACCUUGCAGGCUAAUGGCACGGCUGCCCGUUUCCCUGCACAAAGUAUGUUAAUCAGUGAUCAUUUCCAGUGCUCCUUCCUGACAGAGCUAGAGUUAGAGCUGCCCCGUUUCCCUCCCUGCCUUGGCGGGACAGGGCUCCGUGCGGUGGAAUCGCUGCUGUUACCCACAGGGCAUCGGCUCUGUUAGCACCAAGGGGCUCAUCCGUCCACGGUCUCCCCUGGCACUGAGUUCUGUGCUGACAAAGGGCCUGAAGGUAUGUGCUGGGGCAGUGAUGCCAGCUGUCCAGAAGCUAAGGCCACCGAAGCUGGGUGAAGAGCCAGUGAAUUAGCUGCCAACAGACACAGGUUUUACAACUUUGUUUGCAAUCAGCUGAGGCAUGGCCCCGGCCACCAUUCCUCAGCCUUAAGGCUGCUCGCUGGCUCUGCCCUGUGCCCACUGUGUCCACUACGUGCUCUUUGGAAUUCCUCCUCUGUGACUGGUCACUUAAGUCACACGGCGUUGUUUCUGCUCCCUGACCGGAUGGUUCCCACGCCCACGGAAAUCUUCCAAGUUGGUCCUUGAAUAUUCAGGGGGUGAAUGCCUGUGCAAAUUCCUGCCAUGCAGUCAGUGUGCAAAGCCAUCUGUGCAUAAGUACUUGUGUCCCAUUUCUUCUCUUUGGAGGUGCUUGGGACCAAAAUCUCACUUGUGAGAAUGUUCAAGAGGAGUACAGCGGGGGGGCCGUGGACAGGCAAAGCACAAUCCUGAUGUUUACUCAAACGAAUGUUUGUCACUGCCAUUUGCCAGCCUUUGCCCCACUGUACUAGAGACGCAGGCAACUGGAGUUUGGGCCCCUUUCUACUGAACGGUGGGGCAUUCCAUUCAGUUCCAAAUCCCGUCUGGUAAAAACCACAGGCGUUCGUGAUGGAGAAGGCUUGGUAGCCCCGUUCCUUUCCCUUUGCUUUCCACUGCCAAUGCAGGAUUGUUCCUUGCUGCCUCAGGGAUUUGUCCAGCCUCGUUGUAACCGUCUCGUGAUGGACUCCCCUUGAGACGUUAGUCUCCAGACUGGUAGCUCUCCCCAGGCCAGCUCUAGCCAAGUUUCCAGCCUUAACAAGAGAGAUGGGAGUCAAGUUUUAAAGAAGCCACGAGAACUAGUCUUGAUGGUUCAGGUAGGAGAGUGGAAGAGCCAGUAUUCUGCAGCACUGACUUUCCAGCUGGUAUCUGUGACACCGGGAGAGAGACCCACCUAACCUGAGAGUAGUUUCACCAGGGAGUGAUAAAGUAGCUGCUAAGCACUGCCCUCUCUCUAGCUAUCGGGAGACGACUGUACCAUCCGUGGGGAGGAAUAUUUUGCUAGUCCGAAAGGGAGCAGGAGAGAUGAGAGCAUUAUCCAUUACAUCCAACAGGCCAGUGGUUGCGCCAUAUACAUUUUUGCACAAGAUUUAUACAACUAUUUAUUUAGUAAUAAAAACCAAACCACGCC